CCCUAAAAAGAUGCCUGCUCAUCCAGUGACAAAGGAUGGAGAUGCUGGCCAUUGACAAAAGAAAACAAAGAACUUGUUUUCCAAACAUCCCAAGUGAAAUAACCUCAUCAUUAAGAUAUUUCUUGUGCAUUCCAAGUUAAAAAGAAAGAAAAAAAAAAAGUCUGAAGAUCUGAAACUCCUUGAGCUCGAUCAAUGUUUCUCAUUGGUCUGUAGCUCUUAACGUGCGUAAUUACGAACAGCAGAUGGAGAAACGCUCAGCUAAAGCCAGAAGGGGUGGGUGGGUGUCUCCAGCUCGGAUGUGAAGCAGCUCGCACCCCUUGUUCUUGCAGGUGCUGCCGGGCAGGGCACGAUGAAGGCGUCGCCCCCCGAGCCCCGGGGGCGGGCAGGAGCCUGAGGCCGCAGCAGCCCGGGAGCUGCGAGGAGCUUUCCUCGGAGAGGGAGCGGAGGGAUGGGCUGAGCUCCCGGCAGGAAUGAGCGUCCGGCCGGGCACGGAUCCGGGGGCCAGCUGGGCAGCGUGAAGGGCCCGUUCCAGCAAGGGCAUGGCCAAAGCUUUCUUCAGGCUGCAAAAGUUCCUCCGUCGGACCCAGUUCCUGCUCUUCUUCCUGACGGCAGCUUACCUGAUGGCCGGCAGCCUGCUGCUUCCCCUGGCCUGUUCUGCCCUUGAACAGGAUGCAGAGGUGCCAGGGAUCAGCAUCGCGGACAGGACAGGGNAGAGCAGCGCCGAGCACAAAGGCACCUACAUGGGCUGCUUCACCCACGACUCCAGCGAGAGGACGCUGAGGGGAGCUGUCUUUUAUGACUUAAGGAAAAUGACAGUAGCUCACUGUCAGGAGGCUUGUGCUGAGAGGGCUUACAGCUACGCGGGGCUGGCGCAGGGCGCCGAGUGCUACUGCGGGAACUCGCUGCCGGCGGCGGCGGCGCCGGGCCGGGAGUGCAGCAGCGAGUGCCGGGGCCAGCGCGGCUCCGAGUGCGGCGGAAUCGGGCGCCUGUCGGUGUACAGCGCGCAGCCCCGGCCGGCCGCGGGGCCACGGAGGAAUGUUAUCUAUCGAGGAUGUUUUAGAGCUCCAGAAAAUUUAACAGACACCUUUCCAGCCUCUCUGAUACAGCCCAAUUUGACGGUGGAGAUGUGCUCUGAAUUUUGCUCUAAGAAAGAGUUCCCGCUGGCGGUGAUCCGGGGGCAGCAGUGCCUCUGCGGGUUCCCCACCCGCCGCUUCCCCCUGCGCGACGGCGCCGACGGGCGGCGCUGCGGCGGCGGCAGCAACGGCAGCGCGGCAGGGGGGCAGUACUGCCGGGUCUACCAGACACCUGUGCAAGACACCCGCUGCACCGACAGGAAAUUCUUAACCACCAAAUCCAAAGUGUUCGUUGCUUUGUCAAGCUUUCCUGGGGCUGGGAACACGUGGGCACGCCAUUUGAUAGAGCAUGCCACGGGAUACUACACUGGAAGUUAUUACUUCGAUGGAGCCCUCUACAACAAAGGUUUCAAAGGAGAAAAGGACCACUGGAGGAGUAGGAGGACCAUCUGUGUGAAAACACACGAGAGUGGCAGGACAGAGAUUGAGAUGUUCGACUCGGCGAUCCUGCUGAUCAGGAACCCCUACAAGUCCCUGGUGGCAGAGUUCAACAGGAAAUACGCCGGGCACCUGGGCUACGCCACCGAGCGCACCUGGCAGGGCAAAGAGUGGCCCGAGUUCGUGCGCAGCUACGCGUCCUGGUGGGCGUCGCACGCGCUGGCGUGGCUGCGCUUCGCGCGGCGUUUGCUCGUGGUGCACUUCGAGCAGCUGCAGCGCAGCCUGCUGCCCACGCUGCGCGCCGUGGUGCGCUUCCUCAACGUCUCCGUCAGCGAGGAGCGCCUGCUCUGCGUCGAGAGCAACCGCGACGGCAGCUUCAAGCGCUCCGGCGCCCAGCAGAAGGACUUCCAGCCCUUCACCCAGGAGAUGAAAGAGCUCAUCAACAAAUACAUCCUGACCGUGGAUGAAGCCCUGAGGGGAAGGAACUUCUCGGGGCUGCCCAGGGAGUACGUGCCCAGAUGAUAGGCUGGCAUCGUGCUGCUGUGGUUAAAAAUGGAGUUUCUUUUUUUCUUUAAAAAAAAAAAAGACGACGGAAAAAAAUCUCGGACAAAAAACCCACAGACAAACAAGGACAACAAAAUUUAAAAAGGAAAAAAAAAAAAAAAGAAAAAGGACCAGAACUCUUUAUCAGUUGUGGCAAAGGUGCUUGUGGAGGCUGCUGAGCAGUGCGGCAGUUGGGAAUGCCGGGUUUUGGCAGCCCCAAAGUGCCCAAACCUGGCUCUGAGCCAUGGAGGGGACCCCAGGGGUGGCAGAGAAGGCAGUGCCACCUGUGCCAGGGGUUCAACGCAGGUGUCUGUACUCCCCUCUUCCCCUGGAGAGCCGUGCUGGGUCUGGGGGACACCACGAACAUCACCAGCUCAGUGCUCUUGGCUCUGGAAAUGGAACUGGCUCCAGCUGGAGCUCCCCCUGGAGAACGGGGGCAAAGGGGGGAGCCCCAGCCCCCCCAGCCCAGCAGGGGUAGGAUCCGCCUCCCAGCCCACCCCUGAGCCCUGCAGGAGCCCCAGGGCAUCCAGCCUGGAAAAGCAGGGCAGUGCAGAGCUGCCUCAGAGCCCCCCCAGCACAGGUGGGAUUGAACUCUGCAGCCCCCCGGGGUUGUUGGACCCUGCAGAGGGGCCAGAACGGGGGCACACGGGGCUGGCAGAGCGCUGGCCCCGUGGCCACUGGGCAGCUGGGGGUGUUAAACCCUGGGCCAAAGGGGCUGCCCUGCUGCCAGCCCCUUCCGUUCACCUGAAAUAAAGGAUUUCUUAAAAACUUGAGUGAAAAUACUAAUUUUAAUAAAGCAAGUUUAUACAAAGGGAGCUGAACUUCCUCUGCCUGUGUAUCGUUGGUGCUUUAAUAACAACGCAGGACACGGGGCACGCUGAA